AUGUAUGAUUGCAAGUACAGUGAUGUUGAUGAAUUAGAAUUACUGAGCUCUCUUAAGUUUGGAGUUUAUAAUAAUGCUCAUAAAUUUAAAGAGAGUAAUUACUGGAAAUAUGUUUCAAAAAAUAUUGAUACUAUGAAGGAAAAUCUAUGGAACCAAUUACCACAAGGUGAUAUAAAUUAUCCAUCAUCUAUAUAUAGAUAUGUAUUAUGUGCAAUUGGUAUUGGUAGCUUUGAAGGUAUGUAUUCUAGUAAUUCACCAUCAAUAUAUCAAUUAUCAGCAAUUAUUGCUCUUCAUAAUCACUUCCAAUUUGAAAGUAUCUAUAUUUGUGAUCCAGCAUUUACAUUUCUUGAUUGUGAAUUAAUUUCUGAAAUAUUUGCAAAUGAAAAAGUUCAUGUUGAAGUAUUUAGUGGAUCAGAUAUUAGUAUUCCACUGAAUAAAAUAUCACAAUUUUCUAUUAGCUACAAAUUGCCUGGGAAUUUUUCAACGCGAGUUUUCCUCUUUAUGCCACAUUGUGAUAGGUGUGUAUUUGGAAUGGUUUUCUACUACUUUCUUUAUGGAGAUGGUUUAAAUGGAAACAUUAGUAUUGAUCAAAUAAUGUUAUGGGGUAAUAAUCUCUUCUCAUUUUUAGUAGAUACGCAAAGAAGUUCAAACACAAACUGUGAGUUUUGUAAUGUCCUCAAAUUAGUCCUUAAUAAAAUAGAUAUUAUUAAUUAUAGCAAUAUUCCUGAUCAUUUUGAAAACUUUAAUUAUGCUUUCCAUGACUUAGGUAUAUUUGGAUUUCUUAAUUUUAAGGAUAAUUUUUUUAAGUGA